AUGGGGGCUGCAGAUGUGUGUGCAGAGGGCAGCAGGGCGCACGGGGCGCACAGGGCAGCAGGGCAGCAGGGCGCGCGGGGCGCGCAGGACAGCAGAGCGCGCGUGGCGCGCAGUGCUGCAGGGCGCGCGGGGCGCGCAGGGCAGCAGGACAGCAGGGCGCACGGGGCGCGCAGGACAGCAGGGCGCGCGGGGCGCGCAGGGCUGCAGGGCGCGCGGGGCACACAGGACAGCAGGGCAGCAGGGUGCGUGUGGCGCGCAGGGCAGCAGGACAGCAGGGCGCGCGGGGCGUGCAGGACAGCAGGGCGCGUGGGGCGCGCAGGGCUGGAGGGCGCGCGGGGCGCACAGGGCAGCAGGGCAGCAGGGCACGCGGGGCGCACAGGGCUACAGGGCGCGCGGGGCGCGCAGGACAGCAGGGCGCGCGUGGCGCGCAGGGCUGCAGGGCGCGCAGGGCAGCAGGACAGUAGGGCGGCGCGCGAGGCGCACAGGACAGCAGGGCAGCAGGGCGCGCGCGGCGCGCAGGGCUGUAGGGCGCGCGGGGCGCGCAGGGCAGCAGGACAGCAGGGCGUGCGGGGCGCGCAGGACAGCAGGGCACGCGGGGCGCGCAGGACAGCAGGGCGCGUGGGGCGCGCAGGGCUGCAGGGCGCGCGGGGCGCACAGGGCAGUAGGGCAGCAGGGCGCGCGGGGCGCACAGGGCUGCAGGGCGCGCGGGGCGCGCAGGACAGCAGGGUGCGCGUGGCGCGCAGGGCUGCAGGGCGCACAGGGCGCGCAGGGCAGCAGGACAGUAGGGCGCGCGGGGCGCGCAGGGCUGCAGGGCGCACGGGGCGCACAGGGCAGCAGGGCAGUAGGGCGCGCGGGGCGCGCAGGGCUGCAGGGCGCGCGGGGCGCACAGGGCAGCAGGGCAGCAGGGCGCGCGGGGCGCACAGGGCUGCAGGGCAGCAGGGCGCGCGGGGCGAACAGGGCAGCAAGGCAGUAGGGCGCGUGGGGCGCGCAGGGCUGCAGGGCGCGCGGGGCGCACAGGGCUGCAGGGCGCGCGGGGCGCGCAGAACAGCAGGGCGCGCGUGGCGCGCAGGGCUGCAGGGCGCACAGGGCGCGCAGGGCAGCAGGACAGUAGGGCGCGCGGGGCGCGCAGGGCUGCAGGGCGCACGGGGCGCACAGGGCAGCAGGGCAGUAGGGCGCGCGGGGCACGCAGGGCUGCAGGGCGUGCGGGGCGCACAGGGCAGCAGGGCAGCAGGGCGCGCGGGGCGCACAGGGCUGCAGGGCAGAAGGGCGAGCGGGGCAAAAAGGGCAGCAAGGCAGUAG